AUGGACAUGGAUGACAAGCUAGUCAAACAUAUGCUCAGUUCUGAUACAGAAAAUGAACCAGAGGACAAGGUUGUGAAGGAGGAAACUAAUGGAUCAACCAUGGAUCCUGAGUCUGAAGACAAAGAGAGCUCAGACAAUGACACUCACAAUGAUGAUGAUUCAGAGGGUGAGGAGGUUUUGUCUGUGCUAGUAGAGGGUCAAUCUGGCAAUUGUAAGGUAACAGUAGAGGAGCUUGUAAAAGCAAAGGAGGACAAAGCUGCUACUAGGGCUAAAGUGAAGGUAGAGGCUGAGAAAGCAAUGUGGGCCAAGGUUAAGGAAGAGGCUCAGGCUAAGGUAAAGAAGGAGAAGGAGAGGGGAAAGGAGAAGGAGAGGGAGAAGGCUACAGUCUUGGCACAGUCAGUAACAAAGCAGAAGGAUAGGAAGGAAAAGGAGGGGUCCAAAGGUUCUAAUACUGUCACAAACACAGAAAAGUUGAAGGUGGUAGUAGAAAAGGGGAACAAGCCAGUUCCUGAAGGAGUUGUAAAACCAGAAAAGAAAAAGCCAGUUGUAGAGAAAGAGAAGGUCAACACAAGAAGGGAUAGGAAGGAGAAACAAGUCAUAGUCAGUAAGUACAAGUAUGGCUAA